AAGCAAUUUUAAAAAUGACAAUGAUUCUAUUUAUUGACGUCUAAGUAUAUAAAAGUAGUGUUUUACCGGUAAUUUGAUUAAUUGUUUUUUAUAAAGAAUAACUACGGCACGUAUUCUUCGUACAUAGCUAGUGGUCGCACAGGAAAAUAAUCGAAGCUUUAUCGGCAAGCCUGGCGGUGACUUGCAGUAACAAUGAGUAAAUUAUUAUUUUUAUUCCUGGCGCUAGCCGCUACAUGCUCGGCACAGUUUUUAAGGGUUCCUUUGUAUCGCAUGCAGACUGUCCGCAAGCAUUUCCAUGAAGUGGGCACUGAGCUGCACAUGGCUCGCAUUAAAUAUGCAGCUACAGGACCUGCCCCUGAACCACUUUCAAAUUACUUAGAUGCUCAAUAUUAUGGACCAAUCUCUAUCGGAAAUCCGCCUCAGACAUUCAAGGUGGUAUUUGAUACGGGCUCCUCCAACCUGUGGGUGCCUUCCAAGAAAUGCCACUACACCAACAUUGCCUGCUUGCUGCACAACAAGUAUGACAGUAGCAAGUCGAAAUCGUACCGUAAGAACGGCACAGAGUUCGCCAUCCACUACGGCUCCGGCAGCCUGUCGGGCUUCCUCUCCACCGAUGACGUCACCGUGGGCGGGCUGACGGUGCGCGCGCAGACCUUCGCGGAGGCGAUGUCGGAGCCCGGCCUCGCCUUCGUGGCCGCCAAGUUCGACGGCAUCCUCGGCAUGGCCUUCGCCAGCAUCGCAGUCGACGGCGUGACGCCCGUGUUCGACAACAUGGUGGCGCAGGGCCUCGUGCAGCCGGUCUUCUCCUUCUACCUGAACAGGGACCCGAGCGCGGCGCAGGGCGGCGAGAUCAUCCUCGGGGGCUCCGACCCCGCGCACUACCGCGGCGACUUCACGCGCGUGCCGCUCUCGCGCGACACGUACUGGCAGUUCCGCAUGGACCGCGUGCUGCUCAACGGGACCGCGUUCUGCGCCGACGGCUGCGAGGCGAUCGCGGACACGGGCACGUCGCUGAUCGGCGGGCCGGUGGCGGAGAUGUCUGCGCUGAACCGCGCGCUGGGAGCCACGCCCGUGGCCUUCGGGCAGUUCGCCGUGGACUGCUCGCUCGUGCCGCGCCUGCCGCCCGUCGCGUUCUCCAUCGCCGGCCGCAGCUUCGAGCUGGACGGCGCCGACUACGUGCUGAGGGUGUCACAGUUCGGUAAGACGAUCUGCCUGUCGGGCUUCAUGGGGCUGGAUAUCCCGCCGCCCAACGGGCCGCUGUGGAUUCUCGGGGACGUGUUCAUCGGCAAGUACUACACCGAGUUCGACGCGCAGAACAAGCAGAUCGGUUUCGCGCCGGCGGUGUAGGCGCUGCACGUUGCGGACUCGCGCGCUCCGGGUCGGCGAGGUGGCGGCCGUCACUCGCUGCCCAGAAGUUUGAAUAUUCUCCGGUUUGACACAGUGUUACAUAAUAAUUAGACAUAUUGUAAUUUUUAAUUAAAUGUUUUUUGUUAUUUAGGAUCGAUAUUAUAUCCUUACUUCGGUUGAGCUGUACAGUGCAGUACGAUUUUUAAUUGUAGUUCGAAGAUAGACUUACGACGUUUAUAAAAAAAAAGUGUAUAAUUUUGUAUUUAGGUUGGAACUUUAAUUCUUAUAAGUCAUACAAUAAUAUUCUACAUGUAACUUUAAAGACACUAGCUCUCUGAGUCGGUACUAACUAUAAAUAACUCAGUGUUACCCGAUGUCAUUUACACUUUAUUUCCAAUACAUACUUUGCAAAAUCGA